AUGAGUGUCCUUCGUUCCUUCAAAGCCACGGAUAUGUUCACAUUUAACAAUAUCAAUCUGGACAUCUGGACAGAGACCUACAAUGUUGGCUUCUACCUCAGUUACCUUUCGCGAUGGCCAGACCUUUGCUGUGUGCAGGAAUCACCUAACGGCCGCCAGAUGGGUUACGUUAUCGGAAAAGCAGAGGGAUCCAACACUGAAUGGCACGGGCAUGUCACCGCUAUAUCCGUAGCGCCGGAAUACCGGAGACUCUCUCUUGCACGUAAAAUGAUGACCCUUCUGGAAAUGGUUUCAGACAAUAUUUAUCGCGGUUACUUUGUGGAUUUAUACGUUCGGUGCACCAACAAUGUCGCAAUAGAACUAUACGAAGGGCUUGGGUACAGCGUAUAUCGCAGGGUGCGAGAGUAUUAUGGUAAUCUCGGCGUAGGAAAAGGCGGCAGAGAUGAGGAAGAUGCCUUUGAUAUGCGCAAACCUCUGUCUCGGGAUCCUGGAAGACGUUCUGUUCGAACUAAUGGACGCGACAUGCUUGUCAGUGCCCAUGACGUGCCAUGA